CAAGUUUGAAUCUCUCUGCCUUUCUCUUUCUUGCUCGCUAAAUUACACGAUUCUGGACCCCUCUGUCUACCUCAACUGCUGCGAAGAAUCAAAAACAUUUCAAGAAACCAAAAAAGAAACGAAAAUGACGCUGUCGUUUGGCGACAACCUGGACUACUGCAACUGCUGACUGUUAUUUCGCCAUUUUAUGAUCAUAUAAAGCUACCAGACAACUCCAUCUCCUUCCUUCCUCAUCACCUCUCAAAACCCCAGCCCUUUCAUUCUAACAACGUUAAAUUAUCACCAACUCAGCUCCCUCCUCCAGCCUCCAUUGAUUAGAAGAGGGAAUCAGGGAUAGAUAUAUAGAUAUAUAGAUGAUGCAGCAUAGGUGUAGUAGCAGCUGCGGCCAUUGUUCUUUCUGCGGCGGCGGCGCCGCUUCUUCUGCGGCUUUCUCCAUGUUCUUGUCGGCUAUGCCGAAUAGUAAUCAAACCCAAUGCUACAAAACUUCUGGGUUUCACAGUGAAGAAGAUGAGAACGUAUAUUCCUUUGCGUCGGCUCCGGCGUCGUCUGUGGAUUGUACUCUUUCUUUAGCGACUCCUUCCACUCGUCGCUUCAAUGAGAAUGAGAAACGCGGCGAACGGCGCAUGUCCAACUUUUGCAGCUGGGAUAUUUUGCAGCCGUCCAAGCAACCGCCGCCCUCCUCCGUGGUCGUCCAUAAAUCCGCCGCCGACACCGUAGUCCCUCGCCGCUGCGCUAACUGCGAUACCACCUCCACUCCCCUCUGGCGAAACGGCCCUCGCGGCCCUAAGUCGCUUUGCAACGCGUGCGGAAUUCGAUUCAAGAAAGAGGAGAGGAGAGCGAGCGCGGCGGCGGCGGCGACAGCGACCUGCGCCGCCGCAGGCGGAGUAGGGAUUGAGGCGCAACACAUGAUAAAUACGUCAUGGGUUCAUCAUCACCACCACCACACGCAAGCCCAGAAAAUGGGUUACUACUCGUCAGCGGCGGCGUACGGGAACGAGUUCAGGUUCAUCGACGACGACCAUCGCGACUCCGAUGCCGCCGGCGCCAUUCCCUUCAUCUCAUGGCGUCUCAGCAACGUCGCCGACCGGUCCAGCCUCGUUCAUGACUUCACCAGAUGAAAAAGCAAAACCCCGUAUCCAAAAAAAAAAAUUAAAAAAAUAAAAAAGAAGAAAGAAGAAAGAACGAACAAUGUUCAAACUCCUGGAAAAUCUAUGGCGCAUGAAUUGAUUCUAUUUGUUCACUGUUACUUCUUUUAGUUUUGGUUCUUUUUGGACCGUUGUUCAGGGAUGAAGUGAAAAUGAGCUAAUUCUA